UCAUCUUUGUUUUGGUUCCGGGAAAACGUCUAUCAUGUCGGUCGACAAUCGACGGCUGUCCCAGAUAAAAUUAAGACAAAGAGACAAAAAGGAGAAGUUAUUUCAAGCAACUUGGUGGAAUUUGUAGUCGGUAGACCGUUCUGAAAAUAUGACGAAGCCUGUUGGUCGGCAGAAUGACCAGGAAUCAAUGGAAGAUGAUGGCACAAAAAAGCCAAAGACGGCCAGUGUCUCCUCGGGGAAAAUCCGGAAAGCUGGCAGCAAGCGGGGACGGAAGCCCUCCAAGAUUGACCAGAAGGCCAAGCUGGAGCGAAGCCGGCAGAGCGCCAGGGACUGCCGAGCUCGCAAGAAGCAGAAGUACCAGAUGCUCGAAGAGAUGGUAGCCAAUAAGGAACGAGACAUCUGCGCUCUGAGGGAGGAACUGGACAUGUACAAGCAGUGGUGUAAAAAGAUAGACCAAGGCACCAUCCCUCCUGAGAUCUAUGAGAACCUCCAAUUGGGGGAAGUACCAGCAAAGGGCAACGAUCAACUGAAAGAUGACUCAUCUUUAAAACAAAGUCACCUAUCUGAAAUUGCAACAGACUGAUACCCAAGUCGGUAGAAAUUCGGAAGGAAAAAAGGGAUGGCGUGAAGGGGAAUGGAAUCCUGAACAAGAGAAUGCGAACCCAGGUGUUCGGUGUGACAAUGUUUUCUGCCUGUACGGGUAUACAUCUAUGUGUAUAUUGUGCUAUGUCACGUGUACCAUUAAACAAGUUUUUGUGAUAACCUGGUAGACGGCCAACUUUUCAUAAAUGUUUGGAAGAGAGUUAAAAUGAUAUUGGAAAUGGGUGUUAAAAUUUAAUUUGUUUAAAUUGUUAAUUGCUUGAUACAGCACAUAGGCAUUGAUAGUCGCAUAUGCAUAGUUUCACAAGAGUUUCAAGGCUUUGACCAAUCAAGAUGCACGAAAUGUGUUGACCCUUUCAAAACGCUCUGCUGGUGGACAGGUCCAGACAUGUCAACCCAUUCAAACGCGCAUUGUUAUAGAGGCCAGCGUGUUGCAAACUCCUGGUGGCACACUAUUGUGAAUCGCCCCUAUUGUCCACACUGCUCAUCUGAUCCAAAGUGUCCGCGCUAGCCUUUAAUGGAGAUGAAGUAGGUUUUAUACAACACCUGCAUAAAUCCCCGUCAUCUAAUUGAUGGAUCGGCGAUCACAUGGCAUUGAAUUAUUUGUACCAACACACAGCUGCUACACGACACACGCACAACGCCCAGGCAGAUUGAGUAUGAAAGUACUGUGCGUUAGAAAUGGAUAACGAACACCUCCAGAUUGAUUGCACUGCAACUUCUAGUAGCGCAAGUUUUUCUAUGGCAAAAUGAAGAGCGAUCAAGCUGCACUGUUCACAAUUCUACAAAAUAAUUAUAAGAACUUGGUUUUGUAGUAAUGCUGAUGCUGCCAACGUAAGGAAACAGAUAAAAUGCUGCCAGAUGAUCAAACAAACUUGGAAUGUGAUGUUGAAAAAUUAUAGGAUUCACAACUUGACAACUUCCAGUUUGAAUCAGUUAAUUGAUCAAGCUGUACUCAGAAAAUCAGAUGACAAGGAUUAACAGGUGUUGUAUAAAACGAAUAAUGAAUGCUUUGCGUACGCACAGUGGUCAGAUUGAUUGCAUUCGGUGACAGAUAAAAUGGUGUAUUGUACCCGGCUUUGCCUUGUGGAAUAGAUCGUUUCAUCUGUCACCUCCAGCAAUUAUUCCUAAACAUUCAUUAUUUGCAUAAUAACUUCCAGUUUCUGGGAUCUUGUGCAGAUUGAUGCAUCGUGGUACAUCACUCACCAAAGCAACACAUUUCUGUUGUUCUUGGGCACAAAUGACACCAUUGUGAAAUGCGAUAACAUUUAGCCCUCGUAAUUACCAGUCAGCAGAUGCAUAGUCCCCCACACAACUGCAGAGCGAGAAUGUGUUUUGAUGUACAGUUACAACACUUUUGAGGGCUUAAUCUAUUGCUGGAAAUCAUUUCUCUUGUGUAGCUGAUCGGAAAACAUCUGUGUUUACUGAGUGCUUUAUUUACAGGGUAAUAAAACUGAAGCAGAUGUGUUCGCCGAUCAGCUGCAGGAAGAGCAUGAUUGCCGAGAACCAGACACGUCUUACAAUUUGUAAUUAAAGUUGUGACAGAUCUUAGACAGAUUGGAAUACAGACCUAAAUGAAGAUGUGCACCAUGAAUAUUGUGAGGUGUUAUCUGCAUGCAGUACAGUUGGGAAAUCUGCCAUAUUCUAUUACUUUUCUGCGUGGGGGCUUCAGAAUUGUGGAGAUUUUCUUAAAGAGCACCUCUAAGUGAAACAUGGUUCUCUGAUUUUAUCUGUUCAAAUAAAUUUGGAAGCAUCCAAAUCGAA